AUGGCCCCGGCCUCUGUGGACAUUUUGGCCCUUCUGAACGCCACUGAGCGAGCUGCCGUUGGGCGGGGAGCUCAGAGUGUGACCACGACCAACCCGAAUCCUAGGGAGGCGGAAACCGACUCCGAAAAAUCGGACCAGAAAGAAAAGGAAGCCUCGUCCUCGGCCUCGUCCUCUGCGGAGCCCAGCACGGAGCCCCGUUUUGAGCUUAUAAAUGACCCUGUGGAUGAGCAGCCGCCCAAAGAAGGUCGCAUCAGAAAGUUUGUGCGUAAGACUCCCAGUCCGAUCCUGCGCAACGUUUCGACCACCGGUUUCCGAAACGUGCGAGUGGAUGCCAACUCCCGCGCCCGGGUCUUGACGGAAGAGGACAAGAAGCAGCUGGGAAAAAAUAACCAACUUUCAUGGAACCUCGUAUCGCGCCCGAUUCCUCCCGCGCAAGACUAA